GUUCCGGUUCACUAUCCAAAAAGUGAAUCCGGUUGAGAAAUGUUAUACAUGACCUUGCUAAUCAAUCGCCGCGCUUAAACCCUACUCCCUCUCUUUCCCUUUCCCCUCUCUCUACCAUCUCUCUUCUCCUACGACGCCGUUUUUGCCCCCCUUCUUCACUCCGAUCAACCAGCUGAAAAGAUUCAAAGGUUUAAUCCUAAAGAAGAAGCAGAAGAAGAAGGAUUUCAAACUGAUUUAUUGAAGAAAAAAAAGAGAGCGAGAGCAAUGCUUCACACUGCUUUCAGAAACAGUUCAAUAGAGUGGAAACCGUCGCCUGUAAUAGCCCUAGCUACCAGCCUCGACGACUCUCAAGUCGCCGCUGCUCGUGACGAUGGUUCUCUUGAGAUUUGGCUCGUCUCUCCCGGCUCUGUCGGCUGGCACUGCCAAUUGACUAUUCAUGGAGACCCUAAUUCAAGAGUUUCUUCACUCGUUUGGUGUCGAAGUAGUUUUAAUAGAUCAUUACCUUGUGGUCGGCUGUUUUCUUCCAGUAUUGAUGGUUCUGUCUCUCAAUGGGAUAUGUUUCACUUGAAGCAGAAGUAUGUACUAGAGUCAAUUGGGGUCUCAAUUUGGCAGAUGGCUGUUGCGCCCUAUACUAAAUCAUCAACCCGCACAGUUAACGAGUCUCGGAAUCUUGAAAAUGGAUAUUUAAAUGAUAAAGAGAAUGGUAUUGAUAGCGAGAGCGAAGAUGAUUCAGAUUUGGAUGAGAUUCAUGAUCAUUCUGCUGACGAGGAUGAUCCACUUGUAGCCCUUGCUUGUGAUGAUGGGUGUGUGAGGAUAUAUGCUAUUUCUGAUUCAGAUGAGUUUAUUUACAAUAAAACAUUGCCUAGGGUCAGUGGGCGUGCCCUAAGUGUGACAUGGAGUUCUGAUGCAAGUAGGAUAUAUUCUGGGAGUAGUGAUGGAUAUAUAAGGUGCUGGGAUGCUAAACUGGGUCAUGAGAUAUACAGGAUAACGGCUGGGCUUGGUGGUUCGGGUAGUGAACCUGAACUCUGCGUAUGGUCUUUACUGGCCCUCAGAUGCGGGACCCUUGUUAGUGCAGACAGCACUGGCAGUGUUCAAUUUUGGGACUCUCAGCAUGGGACACUGCUACAGGCGCAUUCUUCUCACAAGGGUAGUGUGAAUGCUCUGGCAGCUGCACCUAGUCAUAACAGGGUGUUUUCCGCUGGAUCUGAUGGUCAGGUUAUUCUGUAUAAACUUUCUAUUGACACGAUUGGAUCUAGUGAUGAUGUGUCCUCUAAACCAAUGAAGAAAUGGGUAUAUGUUGGAUAUGUAAGAGCUCAUACUCACGAUGUUAGGGCGUUGACAGUGGCUGUACCAAUCAUUCGUGAAGAUCCUUUGCCUGAUGAAAAUGUUAAAAGAAUCCGUAGUAGGAAGAGGCCCAUUGAUUUCAGUUAUCGUAAGUGGGCUCAUCUAGGGGUUCCUAUGCUUAUUUCUGCUGGUGAUGACACAAAGCUAUUUGCCUAUUCUGCUAAGGAAUUCUCUAAGUUCUCUCCACAUGAUAUCUGCCCUGCACCACAGAGGGUGCCUAUUCAAUUGGUUCUUAAUACUGUAUUCAACAAGAAUUCCUUGCUUCUGGUUCAGGGAUCUAAUUGGGUAGAUAUUCUUUGCGUUCGUGUGAAAAGUGGAAGCAUGCAAGAUAGCAGUCCUGGUCCAUCUAGGGGUCAUGCAAAUACAGAUCUGGUAGCUCGAAUUAAAACUAAAGCAUCUAGAAAGAUCAUUUGCAGCAGCAUCUCUAAUGCAGGGACACUAGUUGCUUACUCAGACCAUGUUAAACCCAAUCUUUUUGAGUUGAAGAAGCUUAAUGGAAAAACUGCAUGGACUGUGAAUAAAAGGCAGCUUCCUCAGAAAUUACCAUUUGCACAUUCUAUGGUUUUUAGUUCUGAUUCUUCACGGUUAAUGAUAUCUGGGCAUGAUCGAAGAAUAUAUGUUGUGGAUGUGGGCAGCUCAGAAUUAGUACAUACCUUUACACCUCGUCGUGAGGAAGAUGAUGAGGAAUUACCACCGAGUGAGCCCCCUAUAACAAAAAUGUUUACCAGUGGUGAUGGGCAGUGGUUAGCUGCCGUCAAUUGCUUUGGAGAUAUAUAUAUUUUUAAUCUGGAAACACAAAGACAACAUUGGUUCAUAUCAAGAUUGGAUGGUGCCUCUGUUACUGCUGGUGGGUUUCCACCUCAAAAUAAUAACGUGCUUGUAGUCACAACCUCUUCAAACCAGGUCUAUGCUUUUGAUGUGGAGGCCAAACAGUUGGGAGAAUGGUCAAUGCGUCAUACAUAUGUUCUACCAAAAAGAUACCAAGAAUUUCCUGGCGAAGUUAUUGGACUCUCAUUCUUGCCUCGAUCAAGUCCUCCUUCUGUUAUUGUCUACAGUGCCAGGGCGAUGUGCUUGAUUAACUUUGGGAUGCCGGUGGAUCGAGAAGAGGAAAUUGACUUGGUAAACGGUCAACAUUCUCCUUUAAAGAAGUUGCAAAAUGUUCUUGUUAAUGGGGGAUUGAAACGUAGGUUGAAAGAAUGUCACACAGAAGCUAAACACCACAAAAAUUUUGAAUUUCUAGCAUUUAGAGAUCCUGUUUUAUUUAUCGGAAACCUUUCUGAAAAGUCUAUUUUGAUCAUAGACAAACCAUGGAUGGAUGUGGUUAAAACAUUCGACGCCCCUCCUGUCCACAGACAUAUAUUUGGGACAUAAUUGCUAUUAGAUGGUUGUUUGCAGCCUAAAAUGGAGAUUGCAUACAUGGCAAUUGAUCCCGCAAUUUUGACAUCACCAUUGAGUUUUUCUUUUUCAUACUGGAGAUGAUGGGGAUUUGAGGAGGGGUGUUGGGGGGAGCAUCUAAAGCAUGUUGUCAAAUGUAUUCCUAAAAAUAAUUGUUGACCUGCUAAAGUAGCAUUUUAUGGUUUACCAUAUUGUUCUUUCUAUUGGUUUGAUAUGUAAGUGCCUUAGAUUCAAUGAAGUAGCAAAAGUUUUAUA